UGGUGGAUGGAGUGGGGGUGGAGCAGGGUUGCGCCCCUAACCCCAUAACGGGUCUCCAGCCCCAGGAGCGCGACCCACUUCACCGCUCCCAUAAUUCUUGGAGGACAGAGUGGAUGCCUCUUUCCUGCCUUAACUGCGCUUUGGCAUUCUACUACAGUGGUUGGAAUUAAGGAGGAGAGAAGCUUGGAGCGCUAGGAAAAGAGAUCCCUCGAGUGGAUCUCGGAAAAUUGUCCCAAAUGGCAUAUCCACUGAAAGUCUGGCGGAGAUGCGACCCGAGAGCUCUCGCGUUCCAGUCUCCCGCCUCUGUUAGCUGCGAUUGGCCCGCGGCGUCCCUCCCGUGUUGUGGGUGGGGCUUCCCUGCGGUGUGCAGGGGGUUAUUAGACGCCGGCUCUGGGCCAUUCUCACCUCCCUCGGAGCCUCUUCCAGACCAGCCAUGAUCCCGUUCUGUCUGCUGUGGGCCUGCGUUUUCACUGCUGUCCAUAUGAAACCAGCUAUUUCUUGUGAGAAAAACCAGUAUUUGGUGAAUGGGCUCUGCUGUGAGAUGUGCUCUCCAGGAACAAAGCUGGUUACUGACUGCAGUGAGGGCAGCGAAACCCAGUGCGAGCCUUGCCAGGAGGGAGAGUUCCAGUCUUCCUGGAACCACGAUAAAUACUGCCACCAGCACAAGUACUGCCAUCCCAAUAUGCACCUCAAAAUUCAAAAGGAGGGCUCCUUGGAAAAGGACACGACUUGUGUUUGUAUAGAGGGUUUUCACUGCACCAGCCCGGAGUGUGAGAGCUGCAGUAGCCACAGCCCCUGCCAGCCCGGCUUUGGUGUCAAGCAUGCUGGCACAAAUUCCACUGACACCAUCUGUGAACCUUGCAAGAAAGGCUUUUUCUCCAACGUAUCCUCUGCUUUCGAAAAAUGUCUUCCCUGGACCAGCUGCAAAGACACAGGAUUGUCGGAAGUUCAGGAGGGGACGGAUAAAACGGAUGUGCUCUGCCAAAGCGACAAAUCUCGAAUGGGUCUCUUGGUGCUGAUCCCCAUUGUCCUAGGACUUUUCUUUGUUAUCAUGGGCUUGCUGCACUGGAGAGGUCUGUGUUUCAAGGCGCCCAAGAACAAGGUUCUCCAGAAAAUGGAGCCCAUAGAGACGGACGAGGAUCCCCUCCCCGUGCAGGAGACCUUGCUUCGGGGCCAGCCAGUCACGCAGGAGGACGGCAAGGAGAGCCGCAUUUCAGAGCAAGAGGGCCAGUGAGGGCCGCGGGACUGGGGCGGCUCCAGAUGCUGAGAGCAGCGUCACCAGCAGCUGCUGGUUCUGAGGCGGAGGGAGGGGCCAGGAAGGAGUGGGGGACUGCCUGCGGGGUGCAGAGGGUCCUGAGGGUGUUCCCCUCAGGAAUGACUUUGACAUUUCCAGGCCCCAGACUUCCCCUCUUGGCCCUGCUGCCUUUGCAGGGAAGAACAGAAAAAAUGGUCGGAUUAUUAGAAAAGGAAUUUCCAUUGUCAGAGUACCUCCAUCUCUCACCAGAAGCCACCAGAGGGAAUUCCUGACAUAUGAGUACACAUUGCCCACAAAGCACUUUUAUUCCUAAAACUGGUCCUUCUGACCCCUUCCAUGUAGAACAGGGAAGCAUCUACCUCAAGGCCCGAGGGUCUUCCCACCUUCCCUUCCCUCCUUAGUCAUAGUGUGAGCGCCUGUUGCUGACACUGCUGGCUGUGUCUCCCCUGUCCCCACCUUCAUGGAGAACAUCGGGACAUGAUAUUCUGUGGGCUUCCUGCGAGCUCACGGAGGUGGAGCUGGAACCAGAGGCGAGGGAAGGGAGCAGAGGAGAGCACCGGGAAGAUUGCCAUGACCCGUCCUGGCUGGGGUACCAAUGCAAGAACGGCGAGGAGGUGAUAGGCAGGCCAGAGCCAGGCUGUCUCUCUUUAGUGUUAUUCAUGAUCACCGAAAGGUGGAAUUGAGGCUGGGAUAUGUACACAUUGCCUGGAUUGGUAUUAGUGUUGGCGUCUGUAAGUGCUUUGGAGGUCAAUUAAAUAAAACUCUGGGCUCCAA